CCUUAUAUACCUUACCUUCUCGUCUUCGCAGCAUUAUUACUUCACUAGAGGUCCUCGAAGUCGAAUCCUAAACAUUAAACAUGGGAGCUCUACUACUCGCUUGUUUUUUGGUAGCCGUUCCUACUCUUGUUCUAGGAUCUCCUGUUGCUGCUUCUAAAGUAGGCAUAGCGCUGUACUAUGAGAGUAUGUGUGGUGGAUGCAGACAGUUCAUCAGAGAUCAAUUCUACCCUACUUAUCAAAAGGUCGGCGGAAUCAUGGAUGUUACUUUAGUGCCGUACGGUAAUGCACAAGAAACUCGCUACGGAGACCAAUGGAAGUACGACUGUCAACAUGGACCAGAGGAAUGCGUUGGGAAUCUCAUCGAAACCUGUGCUAUAUCGAUUCUUAAGAAUACCUCUGUGUAUUUUCCAUUUAUUCAUUGCCUGGAGUUGAGCAUUGGUAAUAAUCCUAUACCAGCAGCAGAACAAUGUGCAAGCCAACUGGGAAUUGAUUUUGAUCCCAUCAACAAGUGUCAGAGUGGACCAGAAGGGAACGCCCUCGAACACGCCAUGGCACAGAAGACAAACUCCCUGUAUCCUCGACAUCAGUAUGUACCCUGGAUCACACUUAAUGGAAAACACACCGAUGAAAUACAGAAUGAGGCCACCUUUAAUUUACUAAAGUUGGUAUGUGAUACCUAUCUGGGAACUAAACCUUCUGCCUGUCAGCAAGUUGGUACCAAACCCAUCGUUCCUUGUUACAAGAAUGCGUGACUCACGCUAGGCUAGCGUGACUGCCGCGAAACUUUGAACCACAUUCACUGAUGAUGUAAAAUAAUAUGACUUUAUAACUGACUAUUAUUUUAUUUUUUUGUAUUUACAUGAAGUAAGGCUUUGCCCAAAAAAGAAAUGUUGAGUUUCUAAAUAGAGUUGAAUUGUUUCAUAUUAAAUUUUGAACGUAUAUCA